AUGCCCACUCAAUUUUUUUCAAAAUUAAGUCAAAAUUAUAUCGAACUAUUAAAAGAUGAUGAAUAUUAUGAUACUACAAUUGAAGUUGGAGAAGACCCUAACGUAAAAAUAUUUCGUACUCAUAUGAAUAUUUUAUGUUACCGUUCUCCAUAUUUACGACGGGCUUUGGCUUCCAAAAAAAGGAGUAAUGAUAAUGGUUUAGUUCAUAUUAAAUUAUCAAAUAUAUCGCCGGAAAUCUUUCAAAUUAUUAUAGAGUAUAUCUAUGGCGGUAUUCUUUCGUUGGAAGAACAAGAUACCUCAGAUUUUUUUAAAGUUUUGGCCGCUGCAGAUGUGCUUCAUCUUCAAGAACUAUUUACAAUCUAA